GAAGAUAUAGUAAGUAUUUAAAAUGUUAAAAUACUUGUAAAAUUGGAAGAAUGAGUAUUUAUAUCAGGACACAGUAGAAUUGUGUUCUAGCCAGCUCCGUAUUUGGAGCUAUUUAGUGCCCACUACUGCAGUUCUGCAGCCGAGGCGCGGGGUGCCGCUGUUGGCUAGUGCUAGCCAAGCAUCAGCUCCUCCCGACGCAAAGGACUCCCCAGCAGACCGCGGAAUUCGGAGAACUGUGCACUCUCUCUCCGGCUUUCUGCUGCGGAGAAAUCUGUCAGAGAAUCUGCCCUGCAAGACAAAUCAAGGAGUCGCUCCUGCUCAGAGAAUUCUUGGGAUCAUUUAGCGAUCGUAGCUCUUUGGAAUCAGAAAGGCAAAGGCGCAGAGAGCGGGAUGGGAAACCGCUUGGGAGUGAGGGGCCCAGCUAGGCGGAAGCGAAUGUCAUUUCUCUUCCUGCUGUCUUUGUUCUGCCGGGCGCUCUCGGAGCAAAUCCGCUACACUAUUCCGGAGGAGCUGGCCAGGGGCUCGGUGGUGGGGAACCUCGCCAAUGAUCUGGGGCUUGGCGUACGAGAUUUGCCUACUGGGAACCUGCGGGUUAGUGCAGAGAAGAAAUUCUUUACAGUGAGCACCGAGAAUGGGGACUGACUUGUGAGCGAUCGUAUAGACCGAGAGCAGAUUUGUGGCAAGAAGUCGACAUGUGUUCUGGAAUUCGAAAUGGUCUCUGAAAAGCCUUUGAACUUUUUUCAUAUAACUGUGGAGAUUCAGGAUGUAAACGACAACCCACCGACCUUUAGCAGAAAUAUGACUGAGCUGGAAAUCAGUGAACUAGCCAUAACUGGAGCCACGUUUGCCCUGGAAUCCGCACAAGAUUCAGAUGUAGGUGUCAAUUCCCUGCAGCAGUACUACCUCAGCCCCGACCCGCACUUCUCUUUGAUCCAGAAGGAGAACCCAGACGGCAGUAGGUACCCAGAACUGGUAGUGAAGGCUCCCCUGGACAGGGAAGAGCAGUCCUGCCACCACCUGGUCCUCACGGCUGUGGAUGGGGGCAAGCCAGCCAGAAGCUGUACUACCCAGAUCAGGGUAAUUGUGGCAGAUGCAAAUGAUAACCCCCCCGUGUUCACCCAGGACAUGUACAGGGUCAGUGUUCCAGAGAACUUGCCAGUGGGCUCCUCUGUGCUAAGAGUGAUGGCCACUGACUCUGAUGAGGGCGUCAAUGCAGAGAUCACUUACACUUUCAUCAACAUUGGUAAGACAGUGAGACAACUGUUCAAGCUGGGCAAUAAAACAGGGGAACUCACCACUAACAGAGAACUGGACUUUGAAGAGAGAGAGAGCUACACAAUUGGCGUGGAGGCAAAGGAUGGUGGCCGUCACACUGCACAUUGUAAAAUACAAAUAUAUAUUUUGGAUGAAAACGACAAUGCUCCUGAGAUAACCCUGGAUUCUGAAUCUAAACAUAUACAAGAAGAUGCUGAGCCGGGGACUGUUGUUGCCCUGAUCAAAACACAUGAUUUAGAUUCUGGAUUUAAUGGGGAAAUCCUAUGCCAACUAAACGGAAAGUUCCCAUUUAAAAUAGUUCAAGACAAAAAAAAUACAUACAAGUUGGUGACAGAUGGAGGCCUAGAUCGAGAGAAGAUUCCAGAGUAUAAUGUCACCAUCACAGCCACGGACUGGGGCAAGCCUCCCCUCUCCUCCAACAGAAGUGUCACCUUGAACAUCGCUGAUGUCAACGACAACGUGCCAGUUUUCCACCAGGCCCCUUAUGUGGUCCACGUGGCAGAAAAUAACCCGGCCGGAGCUUCUAUCGUCCAAGUCAGCGCCUCAGAUCCUGACUUGGGACCCAACGGCCGCGUCUCCUACUCCAUCGUGGCCAGCGACCUGGAGCCGAGGGCGCUGUCGUCCUACGUGUCGGCGACCGCGCAGAGCGGAGUGGUGUUCGCGCAGCGCGCCUUCGACCACGAGCAGCUGCCCGCCUUCGAGCUGACUCUGCAGGCCCGCGACCAGGGCUCGCCUGCGCUCAGCGCCAACGUGAGCCUGCGCGUGUUGGUGGGCGACCGCAACGACAACGCGCCCAGGGUGCUGUACCCGGCGCUGGGGCCCGACGGCUCGGCGCUCUUCGACACGGUGCCGCGCGCCGCGCAGCCUGGCUACCUGGUCACCAAGGUGGUGGCGGUGGACGCCGACUCGGGACACAACGCCUGGCUGUCGUAUCACGUGCUGCAGGCCAGCGAGCCGGUCUUCAGCCUGGGGCUGCGCACGGGCGAGGUGCGCACGGCGCGUGCAUUGGGCGACCGGGACUCGGCGAGACAGCGCCUGCUGGUCGCUGUGCGUGACGGGGGACAGCCGCCUCUUUCCGCCACCGCCACGCUGCACCUGGUUUUCGCUGAUAGUCUACAAGAGGUCCUGCCAGAUCUCAGCGACCAACCCGUGCCCUCUGACCCCCAGGCUGAGCUGCAGUUUUAUCUGGUGGUGGCCUUGGCCUUGAUCUCCAUGCUCUUCCUCCUGGCAGUGGUUCUGGCAGUCGCCCUGAGCCUGCGACGCUCCUUUAGCCCCAACUCCUGGAGUUGCUUUCAGACUGUUGUCUGCUCCAAGACUAAACCCGGGAUUCUCCCCAACUUUAGCCAAGGGACUUUGCCCUAUUGCUACAAUCUAUGUGCUGCCUCACACUCCUCUAAGACUGAGAUUAAAUUUCUCAAUAUAAAGCCUGAAAAUGCUCCAACACAAGAUCUUCUAUGUAAUGAAACCUCCUGGUUUGAAAGUACCAUUAACGACAAUCCCCAAAUGACUUCUAAUUCAGUUAAUUUGCAACAGGUGAGUUACUUCAAAACCCUUUCCUCCCAUAAGUAUAAGUAGGUUUCAAUUCAUUAUUUUAGAGGUAAAAAGGAUACAGGCUAAAUAUGCCCUG